CAGGCGGCCUAUAUAAAGAUUGCAUAAGCAAGCAGCAGUAGCAGCAAGCGAAUCAGACUCGGAGGCGACUCCAUUAGGUCAUCUUCACUUAAACCCCUCAAUUAAAACAUCACACACACAUCAAUCAACACACAUAUUCGUAUCUCUGAAUUGUGGAUUGAUUAGUUGCAAUGGGAGGCUUAGAGUUAGUUUCAGUAGCUGAUGAAUUCUCGAUUGAAUUCAUGGAGAAGCGUGAACGAGAUUUGGGAAUUGAUAUCGGGAGGCGCAGGUUCUGGACUGAUGUCGCGCAUCGAAUCGAUAAUCAAGAAAUGACUGCUGAGGUUGUAUCGCUGUUAGUAGAUUUAAUCUUCAAAACUUUGUAUACAUAUGAUGAAAGAAGAUCAAGAAACGCUGUGGACAGUGUUAUAGUAAAAGCAUUAAGGGUGGAUAGUUUUAUGAAAAGCUUUGCAGCCACAAUUGUGCAAGUGAUGGAAAAACAGUCAAAGUUGCAGAAUCAUAUCGGAUGUUACAGACUUGUCAAGUGGUCAUCUCUUCUUUUAUGUAAGAGCCUGUUUCCUUCAAUAUCAAAAAAUGCUUUGUGCAGAGUAGCUUCAGCUCAGGCAUCAGUCAUUCAUAUUGUUAAGAUGCAAGGAUCUCUGCGUGAGCAAAGGGAUUGCAAGAAAACAAUUUUCAGUUUGUUCUCUGAGUCACCACAGAUCUACAAGACAUACAUUGAGGAACUUAAGGAUUCGAGGAUUCCUUACAAAGACUCUCCUGAAUUAUUGUCAUUUAUACUGGAAUACUCACACUCGAAGUCUACGUUUUUUGACCAGUGGAAGCCUGUAUUUCUCGACAUGUAUGUAAGAGUAAUUCUGAAUGUGAAGGAGAAACCCUCAGAAGGCCUAUCUGAAGCUUUCAGAUCCCUGUUUUCAUAUCUAUCGCAUGACGAAUUUAAGAGCAUUGUUGUUCCAUCAUCUGUUAAAAUGUUAAAGAGGAGUCCUGAGCUUGUGCUGGGAUCAAUUAACGUUCUCUUAAAAUCUGUGAACCUUGAUCUGAGCAAGUAUGCAAUUGAAAUUCUCUCUGUAGUACUACCACAGGCUAGGCACGCAGAUGAAGGAAGAAGACUUGUCGCCUUAUCUAUCAUAAAGUGUUUAAGUGAAAAAUCAAGUAAUCCAGAUGCCAUCGAAGCAAUGUUCAAUGCCAUCAAAUCUGUGAUUGGAGGUUCGGAAGGGCGACUUGCAUUUCCAUACCAGAGAGUUGGUAUGGUAACUGCAUUGCAAGAAUUGUCUAGUUCUUUGGAAGGAAAAUAUCUCAGCAAAAUUUCCCCCGAGAUAUGCAAAUUUCUUUUGUCCUGUUACAAGGAUGAUGGAAAUGAAGACGUAAAGCUUGCAAGUUUGUCUGCUUUGUCUUCUUGGGCAGCAAGGUCCACAGAUGUUAUACAACCAGAUCUACUUUCUUUCAUGGCUUCUGGUCUGAAAGAGAAGGAAGCUUUACGAAGGGGUCAUCUUCGUUGCAUACUGGGUGUGACUAAGAAUGUUGACGCAAUUUUGAGGUUAUCCCCCUUGGUGGGACCUCUCCUCUUGCUUGUCAAAACUGGUUUUACAAAAGCAGUUCAGAGGUUGGAUGGAAUCUUUGCUUUGCUUAUUCUCUCAAAAAUUGCUGCGCUUGAUAUCAAAACAGAGGAUACCAUAGCUCAAGAGAGAGUAUGGUCGUUGGUGUCACAAAAUGAACCUUCCAUUGUACCUAUUACUAUGGCUUUAAAACUAUCGGUUGAGGACUGUCUGGCAUGCCUUGAACUGGUUGAGGUUUUGCUGGUGGACCAUUCACAGAGAGUAUUAGAGACACUUUCUGAUAAAUCCCUUUCUCAGCUUUUAAUUUUUUUCCUAUGUCAUCCAUGUUGGGACAUUCGUAAAGUAGCUCAAAUUUCUUUAAAGAAGAUUCUUGGUGCUUCUCCACAAAUAUGUGAAGCUCUUGUAGUUGAGUAUUCGAAUUAUCUGUCUGUUGUUGAAGAAAAAGUUAUAUUGAUGAAGAGAAGUGAGACAGAAACUGCUUUGGAUACUCAAGUCCCUUUUGUUCCAUCUGUAGAGGUUUUGGUUAAAGCUUUGUUGGUAAUGGCACCUGAAGUUCUGGCUGCUAAUCCUAAUACACUUUUACGGAUUAUAGUCUGCUCACAUCAUCCAUGUUUAGUUACUACAGCAAAAGGAAAUGCAGUGUGGAAGAGGCUGCAGAAGUGUCUGCAAAGGCUUAGUUUUGAUAUUAUUGAGCUGAUCAUGGCUGACUUGGGCAAUAUAUGCAAGGGUUUGCUAGGACCUUUUGGAUUAAUGAGUUCCAAUCAUCUUGAACAAGAAGCGGCAAUACACUCUCUCUCAACUUUAAUGUCUAUAACACCUACUGACACCUACACAGAGUUUGAAAAGCACUUGAACAAUCUUCCAGAUCGCUUUGAGCAUGAUAAACUUUCAGAAAAUGAUAUUCAGAUUUAUCUUACGCCGGAGGGGAUGUUAUCUACUGAGCAAGGUGUCUAUAUUGCAGAGCUUGUUACUGGUAACAACCAAAAGCAAGCCAAAGGUCGUUUCCGGGUCUAUGAUAACGAUAAUGGCUCGGACAAUGGCGCCAGCCAUUCAGUUAAGCGAGACUCUUCAACUGCGGGGAAGAAAGAUGCAACUAAAUUAACAAAAAAGGCUGAGAAGGGAAAGACAGCAAAAGAGGAGGCACGUGAACUGCAGCUCAGAGAGGAAGCAUGUGUUCGUGAUAGGGUCUCAUCUAUACAAAAUACUUUAUCGUUAAUGCUGAAGGCUCUCGGGGAGAUGGCUUUAUCGAAUCCUAUCUUCGCUCACAGUCAGUUGCCCACCCUGGUUAAGUUUGUCAACCCUUUGCUUCGGUCACCUAUAGUUGGUGAUGCAGCCUUUAGGACCAUGAUUAUGCUUGCAAAAUGUAGUGUUGCUCCUCUCAAUAACUGGGCGCUUGACCUUGCUACUGCACUACGUCUUAUUGCGACUGAGGAAUCUCAUCGUUUGUGCAAUAUAAUUCCUUCGGAUGGUGACAGAGUGCCCAAAGGAGGACUAUUUUUGGGUCUUUUUGAAAGAAUAAUAAUGGGUUUAUCAGUUUCUUGUAAAACAGGCCCUCUUCCAGUGGAUUCAUUUACUUUUGUCUUCCCGAUUAUGGAGAGGAUACUCCUUUCUUCCAAGAAGACUGGACUUCAUGAUGACGUUCUAAAAAUACUUUUCCUACAUAUGGAUCCGAUAUUACCAUUACCGAGGCUUCGUAUGAUAACAGUUGGGUCAAGUAAAUUAUACUGCUUAAUAUUCUACUUCUUGUUGAGUAUUACUAUUAACAUUUAUGUUUCUUAUAUUUUUUGGCAGGUUCUUUAUCAUGUUCUUGGUGUUAUACCUGCUAAUCAAGCAUCUAUUAGUCCAGCACUUAAUGAAUUGUGUCUGGGUUUACAGCCAGAUGAAGUUGCACCCGCUCUGGCUGGGAUUUAUGCCAAGGACAUUCAUGUUAGACUGGCCUGCCUUAAUGCUGUGAAGUGCAUUCCAGCUGUUACCAGCCGCUCCCUACCAAGAAGUGUUGAAGUUGCAACUAGCAUUUGGAUUGCAUUACAUGAUGUUGAGAAGGCAUUUGCAGAAGUGGCCGAGGAUAUAUGGGAUAGAUACGGCUAUGAGUUUGGCAGGGAUUACUCUGGUCUUUAUAAAGCACUCUCACAUGUUAAUUAUAAUGUACGUGUGGCUGCUGCUGAGGCAUUGGCUGCUGUUUUGGAUGAAAAUCCAGAUACUAUACAGGAAUCUCUAUCAACAUUAUUUUCUUUAUACAUCCGCGAUGUUGGUUUUGGUGAGGAUAAUAUUGAUGCUGGUUGGCUUGGAAGACAAGGGACAGCAUUAGCCUUACUUUCUGUAGCUGAUGUACUAAGGACUAAAGACCUUCCAGUGGUUAUGACAUUCUUAAUAUCUCGGGCGCUGGCUGACAGCAACUCAGAUGUUCGUGGUAGAAUGCUAAAUGCCGGAAUAAUGAUUAUUGACAAGCACGGAAAAGAUAACGUGUCUCUGUUAUUUCCCAUAUUUGAGAAUUACUUGAACAAAAAGGCAUCAAAUGAAGAAACAUAUGACUUGGUGCGUGAAGGUGUGGUUAUCUUCACUGGUGCUUUGGCUAAACAUCUGGGCAAGGAUGACCCGAAAGUGCACGCGGUUGUAGAGAAAUUAUUGGAUGUGAUAAACACUCCAUCCGAAGCUGUUCAAAGAGCAGUUUCAGCAUGCCUAUCUCCACUUAUGCAAUCAAAAGAAGGGGAUGCACCGGCGCUUGUAUCUAAACUUUUAGAUCAGCUGAUGAAGAGUGACAAAUAUGGGGAGCGCCGUGGAGCAGCAUUUGGACUCGCGGGAUUAGUUAAGGGAUUCAGAAUUUCUUGUUUGAAGAAGUAUGGGAUUGCAGCUGUUCUGCGCGAAGGUCUUGCUGACAGGAAUUCAGCAAAAUGCAGGGAAGGGUCCCUACUAGCUUUUGAAUGCCUUUGUGAGACGCUUGGGAAGGUCUUUGAACCGUAUGUGAUUCAGAUGCUUCCAUUGCUCUUGGUUUCUUUUUCUGAUCAAGUUGUUGCUGUUCGAGAAGCUGCGGAAUGUGCUGCUCGUGCUAUGAUGUCUCAGCUCAGUGCCCAGGGUGUUAAGCUUGUUCUUCCAUCACUUCUAAAGGGUCUGGAGGAUAAAGCUUGGCGGACAAAGCAAAGUAGUGUUCAGCUUCUAGGUGCAAUGGCUUACUGUGCUCCUCAACAGCUGUCUCAGUGCCUUCCCAAAAUUGUGCCUAAGCUGACGGAGGUUUUAACUGAUACCCACCCUAAAGUACAGUCAGCAGCACAGACGGCACUACAGCAGGUUGGGAGUGUGAUCAAGAAUCCAGAAAUUUCUGCUCUUGUCCCUACACUUCUAUUGGGCCUUACUGAUCCAAAUGAACAUACUCGAUACUCACUUGACAUCCUACUUCAAACUACUUUUAUAAAUUCAAUCGACUCUCCUUCACUUGCAUUAUUGGUACCAAUUAUCCAUAGAGGACUUCGGGAGAGAAGUUCUGAGACUAAAAAGAAAGCAGCCCAAAUUGCUGGAAAUAUGUGUUCGUUGGUGACUGAACCAAAAGACAUGAUUCCUUAUAUAAAUUUGCUUCUUCCUGAGAUUAAAAAGGUUCUUGUGGAUCCAAUCCCUGAAGUUCGGUCUGUUGCUGCUAGAGCCCUUGGUUCUCUUAUCAGAGGAAUGGGAGAAGAUAAAUUUCCAGAUCUUGUCCCAUGGUUGUUAGACACGCUCAAAUCUGAUGGUAGCAAUGUUGAACGCUCUGGAGCUGCACAAGGACUGAGCGAGGUAUUGGCUGCACUAGGAACAGAUCACUUUGAACGCAUUCUCCCUGAUGUUAUUCGCAAUUGCUCUCAUCAAAAAGCAUCUGUCCGUGAUGGUCAUUUAACGCUUUUCAAGUACCUACCUAGGUCAUUAGGCGUGCAAUUCCAGAACUAUCUGCAGCAGGUCCUUCCUGCUAUAUUAGAUGGUCUCGCUGAUGAGAAUGAAUCUGUGCGUGAGGCAGCACUGAGUGCUGGGCAUGUCUUGGUGGAACAUUAUGCAACCACGUCGUUGCCUCUACUUCUUCCUGCUGUAGAGGAUGGAAUUUUCAGCGACAACUGGCGUAUUAGACAAAGUUCUGUUGAAUUGUUAGGUGAUCUUUUGUUCAAGGUUGCUGGAACUUCUGGAAAGGCACUUCUUGAGGGGGGUAGUGAUGAUGAAGGGUCUAGUACGGAAGCACAUGGACGUGCUAUUAUCGAGGUACUUGGAAAGGAUAAGCGUAACGAGGUUCUAGCUGCACUAUAUAUGGUUCGAACUGAUGUCAGUUUGAGUGUACGCCAGGCGGCAUUGCAUGUCUGGAAAACUAUAGUCGCAAACACCCCAAAAACUCUAAAGGAAAUAAUGCCGGUGUUAAUGAAUACAUUAAUUUCAUCUCUUGCAUCAGCCUCUUCUGAGAGGCGGCAGGUAGCAGGAAGAUCAUUGGGAGAGCUUGUUAGGAAGCUUGGGGAGAGAGUGCUUCCGUUGAUAAUACCAAUUCUAUCGAAAGGGUUAAAAGACUCUAGCACGAGCAGACGACAGGGUGUCUGUAUUGGUCUAAGUGAGGUGAUGGCAAGUGCUGGUAAGAGUCAGUUGUUGAGUUUCAUGGAUGAUCUAAUUCCCACCAUACGUACAGCACUUUGUGACAGUACGCCCGAGGUCCGUGAGUCUGCAGGUUUAGCCUUCAGUACUCUGUACAAGAACGCUGGCAUGCAAGCGAUUGAUGAAAUAGUCCCAACUCUUCUUCAUGCUUUGGAGGAUGAUAAGUUGUCUGACACUGCACUUGAUGGUCUCAAACAAAUUUUGAGUGUCAGGACUACAGCUGUAUUGCCACAUAUCUUGCCCAAGCUUGUCCAGCUUCCUCUUUCUGCCUUCAAUGCGCAUGCUUUGGGUGCUCUAGCAGAAGUUGCUGGGUCCAGCCUUAACUUUCAUCUUGGUACUGUGCUUCCUGCAUUACUUUCCGCAAUGGGUGAUAAUGAUCAGGAUAUUCAGAAGCUGGCGAGGAAAGCUGCCGAAACUGUUGUCUUGGUCAUUGAUGAGGAAGGAGUUGACUCUUUAAUUGGAGAGCUUCUUAAAGGAGUUGGUGAUAAUAAGGCUUCAAUUAGGAAGAAUUCUGCAUAUCUCAUCGGAUACUUCUUCAAGAAUAGCAAAUUAUAUGUGGUUGAUGAAGCUCCAAAUAUGAUUUCGAACUUGAUUGUUAUGCUCAGCGAUUCUGAUCAAUCCACAGUGAUUGUUUCUUGGGAAGCACUGGCAAGAGUAAUUGGCUCGAUCCCAAAAGAAGUACUUCCUUCAUAUAUCAAAUUAGUUCGUGAUGCUGUAUCAACAUCUAGAGAUAAAGAACGUCGAAAGAAAAAGGGAGGUCCGGUUCUUGUACCUGGCUUAUGUCUUCCGAAAGCCCUUCAACCACUGCUUCCGAUCUUCCUUCAGGGAUUAAUAAGUGGAUCGGCUGAGCUAAGGGAACAGGCGGCCCUGGGUUUAGGGGAAUUAAUUGAGGUGACAAGUGAACCGGCUCUGAAGGAGUUUGUCAUUCCCAUUACAGGGCCUCUUAUCCGAAUCAUUGGUGAUCGGUUUCCAUGGCAAGUAAAGAGUGCAAUUUUGUCAACGUUGUGUAUAAUGAUACGAAAGGGGGGUAUAGCCCUUAAACCUUUUCUUCCACAGCUUCAAACAACAUUUAUCAAGUGUUUACGGGAUAACACUAGGACUGUUCGUUCGAGCGCUGCUCUUGCACUUGGGAAGCUUAGUGCACUCAGUGCCAGGGUUGAUCCUUUAGUUGGUGAUCUUCUUUCUAGUUUGCAGUCAUCGGAAAGUGGAGUCCGUGAGGCAAUUUUGACUGCUCUCAAAGGCGUAGUAAAAUAUGCUGGGAAGAGUGUGAGUAGUGCUGUAAGAGUGCGUGUCUACAGUCUCCUAAAGGAUUUGAUAUACAGCGAUGAUGAUCAAAUUCGAUUAUCUGCUGCAAGCACACUGGGAAUAGUAUCACAGUACUUGGAAGAUGAUCAAUUUGUUGAACUGCUUGACGAGCUUACCAAGUCGGCCUCGUCUCCAGACUUUUGCUCCAGACAUGGGUCAGUGCUGACCAUAUCUUCCAUCCUGAGGCACGAGCCUUCCAGGCUUUGUGGUUGCACCUUGUUUUCAGAGAUUUUGGACUGUCUUAAAGUUGCCUUGAAUGAUGAAAAGUUCUCAGUUCGUGAAACAUCUACGAAGGCAUUGGGAAGGCUUUUACUCCAUCAAACUCUAAGUGAACCUUUAGUCACUAAUGCACAUUCAGAAAUUGUACCAUCUAUUGUAUCAGCCAUGCAGGAUGAUUCGAGUGAAGUCAGAAGAAGGGCAUUAUCCGUGUUAAAAUCAGUUGCAAAAGCCAAUCCGACUGUGACUAUGACCUAUAUCACAGUAUUCGGCCCUUCCCUUGCUGAUUGCUUAAAAGAUGCAAGCACUCCUGUCAGACUUGCCGCAGAGAGGUGUGCAUUGCAUGCCUUCCAAUUAUCAAAAGGGACAGACAAUAUUCAAACUUCACAGAAAUUCAUAACAGGCUUGGAUGCUAGACGCAUUUCGAAGUUCCCUGAACAUAGUGAUGACAGUGAAGACAGCGACAAUGACUUGUUAAUUGGCUGAUUUAUGUUUUAUUUUAUUAGAAAUUGUUUCACCUUUCAUAGGCCUUGCCCUGGUGAAAGUUUUACAGAAGUAAUUAACAGCCAGAAGUUUCCCAGCACAUUAUUUAUACCUAAAUUAGAACCCAUUAAAAUGAUAGAUCCCUGUUUUUCUCGAUGUAAUUGUUCAUGUAGAAAUUUUGAACACCGAGUGAUAAAAGGGGCGGAAAUUAGUUUGUCAUAGAAGAGAAUUAAUGAUACCGCAAAGGCCUUCUGUUAUGCUCUAGUCAUCAUGGAUGCGAUAGCCAAGUGUUGUGAUAUAAUUUGCUGGUGCAAUACAAUUUUUUGACCUGAUGAAAGUAUAUUACUGUGGUA